GCGUAGACAAGGCGGAUACGCAUCAACAUGCUUGAUGCCUCGGGUCUUUUUCUGUGAACUGUGGCAAACAAGUUGUGCUUGGAGCUGCAGAGGGGGCUGCUGCUAACUGGAAAGCAAACAGGCGUAACAACGUGCCAAGAGUGCAGCAAAUGAGCUUUAUUAGGAACACAUUUAUAUGAUCUUUAGAAUAGCAACUCUCAGAUUUGACCACUGAACGACACAAGUCAUGUACCAAGUUGUACCUGGAGGAGCGGGAGGCACGAUUACAGAUGUUAUCCCUAAGCAGAAACACAGCAAGGACACUCAACCCCUAGUUGGAGCUGGAGUAAUCGGCCUGGUGCUGGUGAUUGCAGCAGUGACCGCAUGGUGUUAUUACAUAGCCUCUCUACGCAAAGCUGAGCUGCUUAAGACCCAGCUUCUGGAUCUGAAUAAAGAUGGCUACAUUAUCCGCAACACGGGAGGGUCUAUUGUUUUCAGAAUGGAUUUCAGGUCAGGUACGCUGAAUUUGGAUUCAUGCUCUAAAGAAGGGGAGAUGCUGAGCUGUGAACGCACCACUGAUAGAAAACUUAACUUCUUCAUUGAGACAGUGCGACCCAAGGACACGGUACAAUGCUACCGUGUGCGCUGGGAAGAACUGGUUCCUGACAUUCCUGUUGAGCAUGCUAUGACAUACAAGUUUGCACAUUGGUAUGGGGGUGCAGUGUCAGCAAUUCAACACUGGCCGAUUUCUAUUUAUGGCCAACAGGCUCCCAAACCCUUUGUUACUAGUGACAUCUACUCAAACCGCAAUGAAUUUGGUGGAAUUUUAGAGAGUUAUUGGCUUUCAUCCAAUGCUACGGCCAUUAAGAUAAAUAAUUCAGUGCCUUUCCAUCUGGGCUGGAAUGACACAGAGAAGACCAUGUCCUUCCAAGCGCGAUACAACGACAGUCCCUUUAAGCCAAACCCAGGAGAGGCACCGUGUGCUGAACUUAGCUACAGAGUAUGCGUGGGCUUGGAUGUGACAUCCAUACACAAGUACAUGGUCCGCAGAUACUUCAACAAACCAAACAAAGUGCCUGCCAAAGUCAUGUUUCGCCAUCCUAUAUGGUCAACCUGGACGCUACAUAAGACUGAUAUUGACCAAGAGAAAGUCUUGACAUAUGCUGCCAACAUUCGCAAGUAUAAGUUUAACUGUAGCCACCUGGAAAUAGAUGAUCGCUACACCAGCCGCUACGGAGAAUUUGAGUUUGACCCAGCAAAGUUCCCCAAUGCCUCGGCCAUGUUCCAAAUGCUAAAAUUAAAUGGAUUUCUGGCGUCACUGUGGAUUCACCCUUUUGUCAACUAUGACUCUGAAAAUUUCCAUACUUGCGUAGAGAGGGGGCUAUUUGUCCGGGAGCCUACAGGCCGGCUGCCGGCCUUGGUGCGCUGGUGGAAUGGUAUUGGCGGCAUUCUGGACUUCACAAAUCCAGAAGCUCGUGAUUGGUUUUCCUCCCAGCUACGUUCACUGCGCACAAGGUAUGGGGUAUCCUCUUUUAAAUUUGACGCUGGGGAGACUAAUUACUUACCAUGGAAAUUUAGUACCAGAACUCCCAUUCGGGACCCUAGUUUUUUCACAAGACGUUACACAGAAAUGGCUAUUCCCUACAAUGAUCGAGCGGAGCUGCGCAGUGGCUACCAGUCCCAGAAUAUAUCCUGCUUCUUCAGACCAAUUGACAGAGACUCUGUUUGGGGCUAUGAGUUGGGUCUCAAAUCUCUUAUCCCCACAGUGCUCACCAUCAGCAUUCUCGGCUAUCAAUUCAUUCUACCAGACAUGAUUGGAGGGAAUGCAUAUCUAAACCGUACAGUUGGGAAUAGUGCAUUACCUGAUCGAGAACUCUAUAUCCGCUGGCUGGAGCUUUCGGCCUUCAUGCCCUCCAUGCAGUUUUCUAUUCCGCCAUGGGAAUACGACAACGAGGUGGUUGAAAUUGCUCGGAAAUACACAGCCCUCCAUGAAAGUAUUGUGGCGCCACGGGUCCUGGAGCUGGCUGGGGAGGUGCUGGACACCGGGGACCCAAUCAUACGGCCCCUAUGGUGGAUUGCCACAGGUGAUGAGACAGCCUAUAAAAUCGACUCCCAGUUCUUGAUUGGGGAUGACCUCAUGGUAGCCCCAGUUUUAGAGCCUGGAAAGCAAGAGCGUGACAUCUACCUCCCUGCUGGCCGUUGGAGAAGCUACAAGGGAGAGAGAUUUGAUAUCAAGGAGCCACUGCAUCUGACAGACUAUCCUGUAGACCUGGAUGAAAUUGCUUACUUUGUUUGGGUGUAGCAAGAAAGAAACCUGAACAAACUUGAUUAGCCUUUGCUUCAAUGUUCUUGUAUGAAAGAAAUUUAGCUUUUAUGCUUGUAUAAAAAGGUUUUUUGUUAUGGUAAAGCUUUUGUGCAAUGAAUAACGAAUACUUUUUAAAGUACAACACCACGGCGCAUCACAAAUGUAAAACUGUUUCACUCAAACAUGCUCCAAACCUCUUAAUUCUUAAUGAAUGGAUGCGUCAUCUUUUUGUUGUUGUUGCAUUUUUUGUUGUUUACAUUCAGAACAUUAAUAUAGCGGUAACCAACUAUUUGCGAUGUAAACAUAUGGUGGAGUAUUGGCGUCUUGAGCAAAGAAUGAAGUCACAAGUCCGGUGUUUUUUGCCCCCAACAUCUCCUUCCAGCUGCCUGGAAGGCAACGUUGGAGGCAAAAAACACCAUCAAACUCACAAUCCCUCUGUUUGUUGUUUUGAUAGCUUGUCGGCUGCAUGUUAAGUUUAUGCCUUUUGCUUCAGUAUCGGACGCCGAUGGCCGUGACAAAGCCUCAGUUUUUGAUGAGGUGGGAACCGGCCUGUGAGAGCUGUGUGGAGGCAAUCCCAGUUCACUUUUUCAGUAUUUUUAGUACAGCACCUAUAAAGACAUUUAGAAAAAGGGAAUAUGUAAACUGUGAAUAAAGUAAAGCAUUGUUUUGCCAUAAAGUUAAAUUUAAGCCAAACAGAUUGUAUCAUGGGAGAACCAUUGAAGGGGUGUCAUUAUCGUCACUGAGCAGACAGUAGGUUAUAUAAAACCUAACUAAAACAUUUCAGUUUGACUGAGAUAUCCUACUUUCCUAUGACACUAAUGACUCUUCUGCUCCAAGAUACUUUUCAGGAUGUCAGGUUUAAUGCUUCACUUAUCAGGAUAAAUGAUUGAAGUUUAAUCAUUAAAAACUGAAUGUGAUCUCAUUUGUGGAACACAGUGUCAUAUAACUACUCUUAGCCCAGAAGAAGAUGCCUUUUAUUGGGCACUAAAUAUUUGAGGUACUUCCUCAGGUGACAGCUUUUUUUGGCUGUAAUGUGUUUUGAAGUGUGUCUGUCUUCAAUACUUUGCAGACUCUGAAGUCAGCUAGUUAUAAUAUAGUGUAUAAUACAUUGAACACAGUAACCUAAGUAUUAAUGGUCUGAUUACUUUAUACUUACAGUAUGUGAACAUCUACAGAUGCAAUGAUUUUAGCAGCAUUUAAUAUUCAAUUUAAAUGGUACAGUAUACUUUGUGUUUUGUUAAUGUGAAUAUUUUGUGACUGCAGUGAUUUCUCAGUGCCAUGUGAUAAUAAUUACUGCC